AUGGCACUACCUGCAAAUCUGAAACAAGCUCCUACACCUCAAGAGUUGGAAUACAUAACAGGAGAAAUCAUCGUUGCCAUCGAGCCACUGUUUAGAAUGGAGAAAGUCCGACUGGUUUCUGUUAGGUGUGUAUGGACCCUUCAGACCGCCGGCGAAGACGAGAGUCCCGCUGUGGCUGGCACAAUCACUCAAGCUCAAACGGAAAUGUCGAAUCGUCCCCCCGGAUUGGGUGACAACUUUCUCACCUUGAGAUUACAACAAGAGACCUCGCAGAGCGAGCUAUCGAAGAUGCCGUUUCGUUAUGCAGAGGUUGCAAAGGUACUCCUUGAUAUAGCUUCAGACGACAUUAUGGAACCAGACAAAAUACGGAUCCUCCUCAAGGACAUUCGGGAAGCGAGACAGGCCAAGUCGAGACAACUUCUGCUUGCUCUCGACGCACCUUACACUACGACAGAGAAUCUCUGCUCCAUGGAGAUUUGCGAGAUGAGGUUAUUCUUUAGUAGCGCAAUGGGCAUCAUUUCCAAGUUGGACGUCGAGGCACCAGCGCAGGAUGAAGAAAUGUACGAUUUUUAG